GUCAUCCCCGCUCUAACCUAGACUUUGUGCGAGGCGUUGUCUUCUUCAAAGCCACUCAGAAAUUUGGGGAAAUUUUCGUCUAGUUUCGAUUCGGCUUUUGCAGGUACAAACUAGCUUUACUAUUUCGUAAUAUAACUGUCCAAUCGCAUAUUAAUCUAACCUAGACUUUGUGCGAGGCGUUGUCUUCUUCAAAGCCACCCAGAAAUUUGGGGAAAUUUUCGUCUAGUUUCGAUUCGGCUUUUGCAGACCGCACUAACAAGUAGGCCUUGAGAAACCAACGACAGUCGGCAAAAGGCCAAAACCUAGACAUAGGCGGAUUCGCGGAAGAACAACGGCGACGGUAGAGGUUGGACUUGAUCAGGUGUGGCCGAGGAGCCGUCAUCACCGAUUCAUCAUCAACAAGCCACCUCUCAAUUUCUCAUCUCCUUCUUCAAUUUUCAUCCCGUUUUGCCAAUUUUGGUCAAAUAUCAGGAAUUGUUAGCUGUUGAGUGACUUGAGUCAAAUACCAUGGCUUGGGAGCCCAAAUCUUGAGGUUCGCCUCAGGCCCCGUGAAACACAGGAAUGAGUCGAUCACUUGAGACUAGCUCUCUUAAGAGGAAAAGACCUGAGGUAGAUCCAUUGGGUCUUGUAGAUGCUGAGCGUGCAAUCCUUAAUGCAAUCAAAAGUAAAAAAGAUUUGGGGAUUUGGGUACGAGAUAUCAAACACGAGACAAAGCUCACUGAUCAUGUCGUCAACAAAUCGCUCAAGUCAUUGUUGACUAGGAAAUUGAUAAAAGAGGUCGUAAAUAUCCAGUACAAAGGGAAAAAACACUACAUGGCAGUCGAGUUCGAACCCUCAAAGGAAAUUAGCGGAGGUGUAUGGUAUGUUGAUGGAAAUCUCGACAAAGAACUCAUUAAUGUAUUGAAACAGUUGUGCUUACGGUGUAUACGUGUUCAAAAGGUUGCUACUAUCGAGAGAGUUCAUGAGGAUUUGAAGAAGCAACGAGUGGUGAUGUUCGAAAUCUCUAUCCAGCAAGUUUCUGAGAUACUGAACUCAAUGGUUUUAGACAAUGAAAUAAUCGAGGUGAAGAGCACUGGCCUGGGGGAGUAUUAUUCCAUUCCUAUUGGAACAAGUUGUUACCGAUUUGAUAGCGGUGCUCUUGUAGCUAAGGGUUCGAAAGUGGGCGCAUUUGCUUCAAUUCCAUGCGGUGCUUGUCCUCGGAUUAGUCUGUGUACUCCCGAUGGAAUUAUAUCUCCUAGUACUUGUGUGUACUACUAACUGGUUGAAUAUUGAUUUUUGAUGCGCCUUGUGAUUUGUCUUUAUGAAGUUUGCUUUCAGCUGUACAUUACAGAUUUUUAAUUAUUUGAUUUGAGCUAUUUUCAUUUGGUGUA